AUGCCCUCCUGGGCCCUCCUGGUGGUUACCUCCUGCCUCCUCCUGGCCCCCCAAAACCUGGCACAAGUCAGCAGCCAAGGUACCUCCUUGCUGGCCUCGGAUUCAGAGCCCCUGAAAUGUUUCUCUCGAACCUUUGAGGACCUCACUUGCUUCUGGGAUGAGGAAGAAGCAGCGCCCAAUGGAACAUACCAGCUGCUGUAUGCUUAUCCAGGGGAGAAGCCCCGCGCCUGCCCCCUUAGUUUCGAGAAGAUGCUGCCCUUUGGAACCCGAUAUGUGUGCCAGUUUCCAGCCCAGGAUGAAGUUCGCCUGUUCUUUCCACUGCACCUGUGGGUGAAGAACAUGUUUCUGAACCAGACUCUGACCCAGCGGGUGCUCUUUGUGGACAGUGUGGGCCUGCCAGCUCCCCCAAAUAUCAUUAAGGCUGUGGGCGGGAGCCAACCAGGGGAACUUCAGAUCAGCUGGGAGACCCCAGCUCCUGAAAUCAGUGAUUUCCUGAGGCACGAACUCCGCUAUGGCCCCAAGGACCCCAGGAAUUCCACUGCUCUCACAGUCGUGCAGCUGCUGCCCACAGAAACCUGCUGUCCGGCCCUGCAGAGACUAAACCCAGCCCAGGCUCUGCACCAGCCUCUGUGUGCUCAGCCCGCGAUGCCCCAACAGGAUGGACCGGAGCAGACCUCCCCAACUAGAGAAGCUUCAUCUCUGACAGUGAUGAGUGGAAGCUGCCUCAUCUCAGGGCUCCAGCCUGGUAAAUCCUAUGAGCUGCAGCUGCGCAGCCAACCCGACGGGGUCUCCCUCCAAGGCUCCUGGGGAUCCUGGUCCGUCCCUGCAACUGUGGACCUGCCUGGAGAUGCAGUGGAAAUUGGACUACAGUGCUUUACCUUGAACCUGAAGAAUGUUACCUGUCAGUGGCAGCAACAGGACCAUGCCAGCUCCCAAGGCUUCUUCUACCACAGCAGGGCACGGUGCUGUCCCGGAAACAGGGACCCCAUCUGGGAGAAGUGUGAAGAGGAGAAAGCUCCGGGAUUAAAACCCUCCCAGUUCUCUCGCUGCCAUUUCAAGUCACGAAACGACAGUGUUAUUCACAUCCUUGUGGAGGUGACCACAGCCCAGGGUGCCGUUCACAGCUACCUGGGCUCCCCUUUCUGGAUCCGCCAGGCUGUGCUCAUCCCCACUCCAAACUUGUACUGGAGGGAGGUCUCCAGCGGGCAGCUGGAAUUGCAGUGGAAACACCCAUCAUCCUGGGGUGCCCAAGAGACCUGCUAUCAGCUCCGGUACACAGGAGAAGGCCAUCAAGACUGGAAGGUGCUGGAGCCGCCUCUCGGCGCCCAGGGAGAGACCUUGGAGCUGCGCCCGCGCUCCCGCUACCGCUUACAGAUGCGCGCCAGGCUCCACGGCCCCACCUACCAAGGGCCCUGGAGCGCCUGGUCAGACCCAGUGCGGGUAGAAACCGCCUCCGAGACUGCCUGGAUCUCCUUGGUGACCGCUCUGCUCGUGGUGCUGGGCCUCAGCACCCUCCUGGGCCUGCUGCUGCUGAGGUGGCAGUUUCCUGCGCACUACAGGAGCCUGAAGCAUGCCCUGUGGCCCUCACUUCCAGAUCUGCAUCGGGUCCUAGGCCAGUACCUUAGGGAUACUGCAGCACUGAGUCCACCCAAGGCUGCAGCCUCAGAUGCCUAUGAGGAAGUGGAACCCAGCCCCCUUGAAAUUCUACCCAAGUCCUCAGAGAAGACUCCUGUGGCCCUAUGUUCCUCCCAGGCCCAGAUGGACUACCGAAGAUUGCCCCCUUCUUGCCUGGGGACCAUGCCUCUGUCCGUGUGCCCACCCAUGGCUGAGAUGGGGUCUUAUUGUACCACUCACAUUGCCAACCAUUCCUAUUUACCUCUAAGCUGCUGGCAGGCCCCUCUCUCCCAGUACCCUGGACAGAUCCAAACCCACCAGACCUCUUUUCCCAUCCUCCCUACCCACCCCAGCCUCACCAUACAAACCUCUCAGAUCUCACGUCCAUCCCCCCCUGUCGGUCCUCACAGCUGGGCUCCACGACACUGACCACUGAUGAUGACCGUUUGGUACUGCUGCUGACAUAAAGCCAGGACCCUUGCUCCUCACACCAGGCUCAUUUGACUAAGCUGCUCUAACUUUCACCUACUUUCUCUCUCCUCCCUAAUGCUUGACUCCUUGA